AGAUGUGCACACACAGAUACACGCAUAGACGUGCACACACAGAGGAGUCGGGCCCGUGUCUUUCCCUGCCCCGUCCACACCCCCUCGUCUGUCACGUCACUGUCUCACGCAUCUGUCCCUCCAGCGGAAGCUUUCUUGCUGUGUUGUGUCACCCAGAUGCAGAAGCACAGGGUGGAGGCUUUUUGCCCGUGCUGUGACCGUCUCCCCGGCGUGGGUGCGGCCUGCGUGCCACUCCGUCCGGCCAGCAGAAGGUCAGGUUCUGUUCUUCCCCAGGGUGAGGACGGGCGCAUGAGGGUCCAGGGGCCGCGACCCUGGCGCAGCGUGCGGACCCCAGCCUGGCCGAGACGACGCGGGCAGCAUGAGCCUCCUGGACGCUGGCGCCCUUGACCUGGACUACACCUCCGGGCGGGUCCGCGGGGUGCUGGCGGCCGCCGGCUGUGCCUUCUACCUGGGCGUCUUUGUGGUCUGCCACUGGCUGUCCUCCCUGAAUGCCACCUACCGCUCGCUGGCGGCCCGCGAGCAGGUCUUCUGGAACCUGGCAGCCGCACGCGCGGUCUUUGGCAUCCAGGGCACCGCGGCAGGGCUGUGGGCGCUGCUGCUGGACCCCGUGCUCCAGGCCGACAAGGCGCUCGGCCAGCAGGACUGGUGCUGGUUCCACAUCACCACGGCGACCGGCUUCUUCUUCUUCGAGAACCUCGCCCUUCACGUGUCCAACGUGCUCUUCCGCACCUUCGACGGCUUCCUGGCCGUGCACCACCUCUUUGCCUUCCUGGGGUUUCUCGGCUCAGCGGUCAACCUCCAAGCUGGCCACUACCUGCCCAUGGUCACGCUGCUCCUGGAGAUGAGCACGCCCUUCACCUGCAUCUCCUGGAUGCUGCUGAAGGCCGGCUGGGCGGACUCACGGCUCUGGAGGCUGAACCAGUGGGCGAUGGUGCACCUUUUCCACUGCCGCAUGGUGCUCACCUACCACAUGUGGUGGGUGUGCCUGGGCCACUGGGCCAGCCUGGCCCGCAGCCUCUUCCCGCCGCACCUGGCGCUCUUCGUGGUCGGCCUGGCCCUCCUCACGCUGCUCAUCAACCCCUACUGGACCCGCAAGAAGACGCAGCAGCUGCUCAACCCCGUGGACUGGAACUUCGCGCCCAGCCGCCCCAACGGGCCAGCGCCACCCAAGAAGGCCAGGUAGCAGCCUCGGCCCCCAGCCCGCGGCCUGCAGCCACCCCCCCAACCGUCGCCUCCAACGCCGACCCCGGGCGUGCGUGCCUGCUGCAUGGCGCCGGGUGGCCCAGAGCGGAGGUGUCCAGGGACAGUGUCCCGCCCGGCCUGUGCGCAGCCUCCCACGGAGGGCCGUGGGGCAGCCCCUGAGGCGUCCCUGCGACCUCCUCACGGCCCUGCUCGCGGAGGCAGGAGAUAAGGCCCCCAGGUCGUCACCCCAUCACGGUGGUCUCUGCUGACACUGGAGGGAGAUGUGAGUCAUCACUUGUCUAGAUGUGAGAGCUGCUUUUAACCAAGUGUGCAGCCAGCCCCUUACUCCUAAUCGCUGUAGGUUUUGAGUCAGGGAGCCAUCAGGGGGACCUGGCCCCAGUGGUGCUGAGCCGCGGGCCCCCUUCCUUCCUCCUGGUGACCAGCCCUGCCGCCACCCUCACAUGUUGACCCCACGGUUUAAUUGACAGUGCUGACAUCUUAUUCUUGCCACGAAUGUGCAAUUAAAAUGAAAAGCUUGUAUCUGUU